AUGAAGGCAUUCACGUCAGAGCAAGUGAAAGCGUUGCCCUUGCAAGUACCGCUUUUUACGCACUACGCUUCGAUCCAUUUCGGAACGAACAGUUUGGGGGCGCUGCAUCGAUACCUCAAAUUGGGCUUGUUUCGGUCCCAUUCCCACGCGAUAAAACCGUUGCUUACCGACGCUAACAAGUACGGCCGGAUGAAGUUUGCAGGUGAGUUUGUUGGCUCCGCGUUGGAGCUUAACUACAUGCUGCAGUACGUGCACUUGGACGAGAAAUGGUUUUACACUACGGAGGAAAUCCGAAAGUACUACCUAGUGCCUGGUCCGCCGAACUCGCCAGACACGAAUGUCUUGGACCUUGGCUUCUUCGCUGCCGUCCAAUCCCUACAAACCGCAAGUCAGCAACGUACGAUUGACGAGCUUGUGGGUCAUAUGGCCAAUUCGUUCGAAGAGUACCCUCUAGAGCGCUUAAACCACACGAUCGUGAAGUUGCAGGGCUGCCUGGCCGAGACAAUGAAGCUGUUCGGAGACAAUGCCUACAAGGUGCCCCACGUGUCGAAAGGGAAACAAGAGCGCAAGGGGUUGUUACCUCAAAACGUGUCGAUGUUGGCGGAGGCCCGAUGCGUCGACGAGCUCGCCCAGGCGCUCGAGGCCAUGACCAUCCACAAUUUGUGGAUGGUCCUUGUGCUCGUUAGGAGGGUUCCUGAGGAGGCGUACAUCAUCUUUCUGAUUCGAGGGGGGGAAUAG